GAUCAAUUUUGUUAGACGAGACACAAAAUCAAUGCUUAUGACAGUGGACGGUUGCUGGUCUCUGUGAUCUAUCUGGUCAAUUUUAGCUGCGGUUUCCUACUGGGAAGAGGGUUACUUGUCUCGGCUCUCCAUUGGUAAAAUCCCGAUGGCGACCCCCGUGGUUUCCCUGCAGGAGCGCUACGAGGCCAGCAUGGUUCUGAGCGGAGCUGGCGACGCCCUGGCCUACAAUCACGGACACUGGGAGUUUCAGAGAGACGGCGAGCUCAUCCACCAGGAAGUGGCCGAGAGGGGGGGCUUGGCCUCGCUGGACGCCAAGGACUUCCCGGUCAGCGACGACACGGUGAUGCACUUGGCCACGGCGGAGGCCAUGAUGGAGGUGGGGAAGAAGGGCAAGCAGACGCUGGCGCACCUGGUGAAGCACCUGGUGAAGGAGUACAUCCGCUGCAUGCGGGACAUGGACGGGCGGGCCCCAGGCCUCACGUGCAUAUCCAACGUGGAAUUGCACGAGCGGCGCAAGGGCGGGGACCACAGGAUCCCCUUCAACCGCCGGGGCGGGGGCUGCGGCGCGGCCAUGCGGGCCAUGUGCAUCGGCCUGCGCUUCCCCAGCCCCGAGCAGGAAGGCCACCUGAUCGCCGUGAGCGUGGAGAGCGGCCGGCUGACCCACCACCACCCCACGGGCUACCUGGGAAGCCUGGCGGCGGCUCUGUUCACGGCCUACGCCGUCAGAGGCUCCCCGCCCGUGGAGGCGUGGGGCCAGGGCCUGCUGGAGGUCCUGCCGAAGGCCAUGCAGUACGUGGUCGAGGCGGGCCACUGCGUGGAGCAGAACGUGGAGAGCUGGGACUACUUUGAGAACGCUUGGCGGGCUUACCUGAGCCAGCGGGGCAUCUUGGAGGGGACGGGGAAGGCUCGCUUUCCGGAGAGCUACGGAGUGAAGGAGCGGGAGAAGUUCUAUACCUCGUUGGCCUUCACCAACUGGGCGGGCUCCAGCGGGCAUGACGCCCCCAUGAUCGCCUACGACGCCCUGCUCUGCGCCGGAGACUCGUGGGAGGAGCUGGCCAAUCACGGUCUCUUCCACGGCGGAGACAGCGACUCCACGGGCGUCAUCGGGGCCGCCUGGUGGGGGGCCACGUACGGCUUCAAGGGGGUCCCAAAGUGCAACUACAAGCACCUGGAGUACCGGAAGAGGUUGAGCAAGGCGGCGGUGCAGCUGCUGGAGCUCAGCUCCAAGCCUUUCACCCAAGAAGCGUGAGGGGAGACUCAACGCUCAUAUUCAAGUAAUGUGGUUUGCAAACAAAGGACUACAUUUGAAUGUACGGUAAAUGAUACAAUUGAUAUUGACAAUGGAAUGGAUAUGAGGUUUUAGACAAACUGCAAUACGAAAGUUUAACACAUUACUCUAAUUCUCAAAUUGCUGCACUGGCAGAGGAUUGAACUCAAAACAAUACUUCUCACCUACAUAUCACUAAACGGUUAAGGGCCAAAGUAUAUCACUGAAAUGCUUCUGUUACAUGAACCCUCUCGACCUUUAAGAUCAGCUAAUGGUUCUCAGUCAAAAGCAGUAACAUUCAGCUACUUUGCAACACAUAGCUGAAAUACACUUCCAGAAGAUCUGAGACUUGGUCCGACCAACCCUGACUACAUUUAAAUGAAGGUUAAAAACGUUCAUUUUCACCUUCGCCUUCUGCUAAACUAUAUGCCACUUUAACUUAAUCAAAUGUUGUAAUGAGAAAUGUAUAUUUUGACAUUCUGUUUCUUUAACUGCCAUUUGUUGAUUAUGCCUUUUCGCGGACACCCCUGGGGUAGUAAAGGGUCCAACUGAGAAGUCAGCACUAUGAGUCCCCCACAUUACAAUACAAAAUCAAAUAAUGUUUACCUGGACAAGGGUCUCCUACAUUCUCAUCAAGGAGAAGAAUGCAUAAGGGGAUCUCUGCUCCCUCGUGACCGGUAUAUCCCAGACACAAAGGUUAACGUUGGAUAAGGUUAGGAACAGUUAGAGUGAUUAGACAGUGCAAGGAAUAGGGGACAGCGAUAACAUGAUGAAGGGGAAACAACAGGAUCGAUUUUUCCAUCACACAUGUGUGGAGCAGAGCUGAUCUCAGCAUUUCUGAGACCUGUGCCACAGAAGUCCUUGCAUUAGACAAUGCGUCGGACUUCAGCUUGCGCACCUCUUUGAGGGGAACAGGUUGAUUUCCCAUGCAGGGACUUCAGCUUGCGCACCUCUUGGAGGGACACAGGUUGAUUUCCCAUCCAUUGGAUCAUUGUUUGUUGUGUUUUAUUGUUUGUUUUAUGAUUGUUUGUAUGUUAGUGUACUGUUAUUACCCAAAUAUAUUACCAUAAUUGUUCUAAAUUCGGAUUACUCUUAAUUCUACCCAGUUUGGUCAGUUUAUGAUUAACGUGGUUCCGGAAUUCCCACCACAAUGUCUUCCAUGAAUUCUUCCAAAUUCUUCAUGUAUAUGAUUGAUUAUUUUUUUUAUUUUAUUAUCAAGUUGUUAAAAGUCUUACACGCACACUCAGUCUUCCUUUUGUAUGAAAUGGGCUAUUUAAAUUAA